UGCUGAAUGAGAGCAGAGUGUCAGUGACAGGCAGCAGAGUGACAGGUUCGGAGGGAGACUGGAACAAACCGGCUCUCCGGGUCACCUACCUGGCCACAUCACCUAACUACCUGCCGGCUCAUGACCUAUUUUUGCCAAACUGACCUCACGCUGCAUGUGGACUAAAUACACACCACUGGGGGCUGGAUCAUCACCACUGUAACCUAAGCUGAAAGUUUCUUCUCGGAUGCCUUUUUCAGCAUUUCAUGUGAAAUGCUCCAUCAUAAAAAUUUAGAAAGCUCAUUCAAUUCUAAGCAGGAGCUUCUCUAUCUGAACACGCCUUCUCACAGCCCAAGUGAAUAUGAUCUGAGCAGUCCAUCUCCUGACCCUCGAGACCAAGGGAGAACAUUAUUCUCCAGGGGUGCUUUCCAUUUAAAUGAUGACAUUUCCCCUGGUUCCUUUACUGAACCCCUGUACGAUGAGACCAAGAAUCUGUAUGAAAGCGGUGACCCCUGUGAGAUUAAAUUUGUGGCCUCGGACAAUGAAAACCAGUGUGGCUGGGGGGGCUUUACUCCAUCAUUCCUCCAGAUAUUUAACAACUCCCGAGGCGUGCUGUUCUUUCUGUGCAUGGCGUCCUUUCUGCAAGGAAUGGUGGUAAAUGGCUUUAUUAACACUGUGAUCACCUCAAUAGAACGGAGGUUUGACCUUCAUAGCUACCAGAGCGGACUGAUUGCAAGCUCCUACGAUAUAGCCGCCUGUGUGUGUUUGACGUUUGUUAGCUAUUUUGGUGGGAAUGGGCACAAACCUCGCUGGCUAGGUUGGGGUGUCCUGAUUAUGGGAAUUGGAUCGCUAGUAUUUGCACUUCCUCAUUUUACCUCCAGCGUGUACAAAGUUGACCUAUCAGAUGAUAUCGGAGGGUGUAGUUCAAACCAAACACAGCAGGUCGCAGAAAGUGCGUCCAGUCUGUCCCAUUACAGAUAUGUUUUCAUGUUGGGCCAGUUUCUCCAUGGCAUUGGUGCCACCCCCCUCUACACCCUCGGAGUAACCUACUUAGAUGAAAACGUCAAAUCCAGCUACUCCCCUGUGUACAUUGGUAUAUUUUAUACGGCUGCAAUAGUUGGGCCUGCGGUGGGUUACCUGCUUGGUGGAUUUUUCCUAAAUAUAUACACGGAAAUCAGCAAUCCCACUGAACUCACGCCUGAAAAUCCCCUGUGGGUCGGAGCUUGGUGGAUUGGCUUCCUGGGAGCCGGAGCUGCUGCUUUCCUUAUUUCAUUCCCGAUCCUUGCAUUCCCACAGCAGCUGCCAGGAUCUCAGCGUUACGUGGUUAUGAGAGUGUCAGAAGCUCAUCAGGUGAAUGGUGGAAGCCAUAAACCAGAUCCUGACUUCGGGAAAACCAUUAAAGAUAUGCCAAAGUCUCUCCUCAUGCUGCUCAGGAACCCCACGUUUAUCUUCCUUUGUUUGGCAGGAGCCACCGAAGCCACACUUAUUACAGGGAUGUCAACCUUUGGCCCUAAAUUCCUGGAAUCCCAGUUUAGUCUGAGUGCGUCAGAAGCUGCUACUUUCUUUGGUUAUAUGGUGGUCCCUGCAGGAGGAGGUGGUACUUUUCUUGGCGGAUUUAUCGUGAACAAACUGAAACUGCACUGCUCAGGGGUGAUCAAGUUCUGCGUGUUGUGUACUCUGCCCGGCCUGCUGUCCAUCUUCAUAUUCUUAAUCAGCUGCCCUAACAUGCCAGUGGCAGGGGUGACUGUGCCAUAUCACGGAAGUGCGCUGAUAGAACACAGUCUCAAUCUGUCCGUCGCAUGUAAUGCCGACUGCCGCUGUGUGGAAGAGCUGUACAGCCCAGUUUGCGGAGAGGACCAGGUUAUGUAUUACUCAGCGUGCUUCGCAGGGUGCUCUGGAACACACACAGAGCUUGCAAGCGGGAGAAAGGUUUACCAGAACUGCAGCUGUGUGGCAUGGAAAGUGUCCUCUGUUGGGGGUCAGGCCGUGGCUGGGAAAUGCUCGUCUUCCUGUGAUAAAAUGACUCUACUUCUAGUGUUUUUUUUCUGUGUGAUAUUGUUUACAUUCCUGUGCAGUAUUCCUGCAUUAACAGCAACACUAAGGUGUGUGUCUGACAAUCAGCGCUCCUUCGCUCUGGGGAUCCAGUGGAUUGUAGUGCGAACCCUAGGUGGAAUCCCCGGGCCCAUCGCCUUUGGAUCCGUGAUUGAUAUCUCAUGCCUCAUAUGGCAGAACCAAGAUGGCGAGCCCGGGUCCUGCUAUAUUUACCAGAAUUCUGCUAUGAGCAGAUACACCCUGACUGCAGGGCUUGUUUACAAGGUUCUGGGACUGGUGUUUUUUCUACUUGCGUUGAUGCUUUAUAAACCGCCUCAUGUAUCCCCACCAAGCUGCAUAGACAAAGCAGAGCAUGCUGGGAAUGGCCACUCGAACAGAGAUUCUAGACAAGAAAUCGAGAACGAAAUUCUCACAUCAGUUUCCCAGUCUUGAGUCUAAUAAGCACUGUUUCUGGGCUCUGCGUGGUCCUUUCCUUCUGCAAUAUGGUGCUAUGGGGAUUUCCUACAGACAAUAUCCUGUAAGGGCUAAUUCAAGCACCGACAUGUUCAAUCAAUCAUUAUGUAAGACUUCGUGAGAAACAAGAUUUGUUAUCUUGUCAUCAGAACAGAUAGGAGGCCCACGUAUAUACUGCCACUUGGCAUGCACUGGCCAAAUGGAAGAACCCUGCCAUGUAACAUGCUCCGACCAAAUGAAAAAACCCUGCCACGUGGCUUCCUCUGGCCAAAUGGACGGACACCCUGAAAAAUGGAAAAAAGCCUGUCAUGUGGCAUGCUCUGGGCACAUGGAAGAACCCUUUCACAUGGCAUACACUGGCCAAAUUAAAAACGCUGCCAUGUGGCUUGUUGUGGCAUGCAGCAUCCUUACAAUCUGAUCUCUUCCAGCCCAGGUCAACAAUUCACCCGGUCUGGGAGACGUAAUGCACUUAUUAGUUUAUAUACCUUUCUUUUCUAUUUAAAAAACCUUAUUUCAUGUAGAUGAUAUCUAGUGAAUGAACUGCCUGCCCCUCUUAACCAGUAACGGGUGUAAUGAUUUUCCUAGAUUCUCCCUUACUAUAUCGUAACUGGAUGAGCUGUAUGUAUCGGAACUCCUCUACUCAGCCUGAGUAUCCCUGCCAAGUAUUCCCUUUUCCUAACGUAGGAGAACCAGAGUGAUUAUAGCAGUGUCACAAAUCAUCAGACGAGGUUUGAUGUAGGGUAUAAGAGAUACAAGUUUAAUUGGUGACAAGUUGGCUUUAUAUACAGCUGUCCCCAGCAUGGGGUAAUCAUAGUGACAAUGCAUGCCCCACCCUGACGCCUUGAUGUCUGGGACAUAACUCAAUCAUAGCUAGAUAAUUGAAUUAACUGUCAGACACCAGGGCGCCUUACAACGGUAUCCCCGAAAUAAUACUCUUCUUCUUGAAAUAUCCCCCAAAAUUAUAUGUUCCUAAAGAGCUUUUGUGGAAAUGGUUAAUCAGUCCAAAAAGCACCUGGAUUGGAGGUGUCUGGCCCGAAUCUUGAGAGAAAGUUUGACCAGGCCACUACUACUCUCCGAUGCAGCGCUGAGUUCCAGGCCACUGAGUGGAAAGACCCGGUCAUAAAGAAUAGCUUCUUAUGGGUCAGGGACAAGGAGCUCCCUCUAGUCCUUGGUGCCCUCUGAUGCCUCGUCACCUCCCUGAUCUCUCUUCCAAAUGGCCCUGGGACCAAGCGCUACCCAGGUGAUGUUUUACCAGAUCGCGGCAACUCGCAAUCCGAUACACAGUUCCAUACAAUUUCUGGGCCUCUUACUAGUCCCUGAUGGUCUCCCGGUUGAUCGAUUCAACUCCACAAAGUGGAAAGGCACAGCAGGGAAGGGGACACCCCAGUGAUUAUAGUCCUUUUAGGGAGGUGUUGGCUGGGAGUCCUGCGCCAGUUGCCUCAUUGACCAGGAGGACUGUCAUAUUAUACAUUUAUACAAAAUGUCACGGUUAAAAUGUUCUAAGUGUGUCUUACUGAUCAGAGUUUUGUGAGGAGUUAAAAUUGCCUGAAAAAACAUUUUUACCCAAAAUUUGAAGGCUUUUUGUUCCUACCUUUUUUUUGUAAAUGAAUUUUUCAGUAGACGCAAUACUGAAAUUUUAUGAAAACAAUGUAUUUUUAAAACUCUCUCAAAGCCUGAUUUUCACUUUAAACAGGUACUGAAAGGGUUAUAGUUUGUUAUAGAAACCCUCUAUAAAGUUGGCUAAUUUGCAAUGUGCACAGAAAGUCACUUCGAUCGCCACCUCGAUAGUAAGCACACAUAACCACGGUUUGUAUAUUCUUUGGACUACGCCAAGUGCACAGUGUCAUGAAGGUUAUGCUCACCACUACGGCACUAAAAGUUAAAAGGUACCAGGUUUAAAAAAAAUAAUAAUAAUAAACCCACAUAAGAUUUUAACU